AUGGGCAUUGCGGGCUUCUUUCUAUGGCUCCAACGAUGGUAUUCCAAUUGCAUUGAGGAGGUUCCGCAAGAGGUCGUUGACGCCGCGAUGCAGGGCAAAUCACUCCUAAGCAAGAGUGACGCCAGGUAUCGGUAUGACAAUUUCUACGUGGACAUGAAUGGGCUUAUUCACCCCUGCUGUCAUGAUACACAUCCACUGCCGGAGCCGGAGACUGAGGAGGAGAUGUUUGAGCGUAUGUUCGAACAUCUCGACCUUCUUGUUAAAAUAGCAAGGCCGCGCAAGUGUCUGAUUCUCUGCAUAGAUGGCGUGGCUCCGCGCAGCAAGAUGAACCAGCAACGCAGUCGUCGCUUCCGCGCCGCGGAGGAACGUCUAGAAAGUGAUACCAUUUCGAAAGAGGUGGCGGAUGAGAUUGAAAUGAAAAACAAACUACCGCGGCCAGUCGUGCGCGGGCGUUGGGAUCACAACGUUAUUACCCCGUCUACCGACUUCAUGGAGAGAGUGGGAAUCGCAAUUAAGUGGUUCAUUAUGAAGAAACUGAAUGAGGAUUCUGCCUGGAAGCAUUUGGCGGUUCUGUUUUCUGAUGCUCACACCCCUGGUGAAGGGGAACACAAAAUCAUGCAAUACAUUCGAACUCUACGAGCUCAACCGGGUUAUCACCCUCGCACGACACAUCUUAUUCAAGGCAUGGAUGCGGACUUGAUUUGCCUCGGACUUUCGACUCACGAGCAACACGUGAGUAUCUUUCGAAACCAACUCACCGAAACUUUCAGCGCUGAUAUGACUCGCUUUUGCUUUUUCGACCUCUUCAAGUUUCGUGAGGCUUUAAUGAGAGACUUUAGUAAUAUUCCGGACAUGAAGUUUGAACGCGUGUUGGACGACUUUAUUUAUUUGUGUUUCUUUGUCGGGAACGAUUUUUUGCCGCAUAUUCCGCUGAUCUCCAUUAAAACCAAAGGCAUCGAGUUACUAGUGGACCACUACGUGCGCGAUUUCGACCAACAUUCAUAUCUCACCAAUGGUGGUGAAGUGGAUUUCCGCAGGCUUGCUACCUUUUUACGCAAUUUUGUAGAUAAACGAAUGAAGGAACUACAAAGAGAAUAUAGGUCUGUAUUACGAACAAAGGAACGUGCUAAACAGCAAGUAGCAGAGCGCAUCGAACAGAGCGCGUACAAGGCUGAGGAAGUUCUGGAGACGUUGCUGCCGGAUCGCUCUAAUGCCCAGGAGGUGAGUAACAAAUUGCUUAGCAUACUUGUUGGUGCACGGAAAGAGCAGAACCGGUUCGUCGCUGACACACAGUCGCUUCCUUUUUCCUAUCUCACAGAUAACUAUCGGGAGGAAUACUAUAAGCACAAAUUUGGUUGGGAUCCGGAUGCGGACCGAGAGGCCUUUGAGUUGAACAUCCGUCGGUGUUGCGCCGAAUACCUUCGCGGCACACAGUGGGUGAUGCGGUACUACACCAAGGGUUGCCCCUCCUGGGGUUGGUACUAUCCUUUCCACUACGCGCCGUUACUGCAGGACCUCGCGACCUUCACCGCUAAGGUGGACGUAAAAAUGCACAUCAGCGCGCCGUUGCACCCCGUGGAGCAGCUUCUCGCCGUCCUGCCGCGACUCAGCGUUGAUGCCUUGCCCGAAGAGUUGCAUGAAGCAGUUAAGAAUGAGCAGUCUGUGCUUGGCCGUUUUUAUCCCGAUAAGAUUGAUGUGGACUAUAGUGAGGCGAACUUUUCUUACCAGGGAGUCCUUCGGAUUCCUUUCAUCGACAGCAAGGAAUUGAGCAAGGCUUGCCAACAACUCAUCGAACUCAAGGAGGAUGUCGGCACUACACUUCUCUUUCUGAAUGAAUCAAAUCCGCUGUGCAGUAAGCUAUACCGUCUCUUAAAGAUGAACGGGGUUGUGGGGCGAGGUGCUGCGGGGCAUAGUGGCGAUCAACUAGUGUCCAUCACGGCUGAUAUUGCGGCCACUACGCCUAUAGCAGGCCGGGUAGGUCUUUGUAUGGACGAAUGCCCUCUCCAUGCAAAGCUAAGGUGCCCCGAUGCAGACCUAGAACGGUGUAUUCCUUUUGGUUUACCGAUAGAAGAUAACGCUACGCAUUGCUUCUUGUAUGAACUCAACACACAGACAGAAUACAAUCAGUCCCUUCUCAAGGUCCAAGACAGCUCGGAAACGGCACAGAUCAAGAGGGCGAAGGCUAUGAAACAAAAUUUUCCCUUGGAAGAUUUCCCAAUACAAGGAGAGACGCGAAAGAAGCGCACCAAGCGUCCUCGAUCCAGUUCUCUUGACGUGCACUCGACGAGUGGCGCCGACGAUGAUAGUGAGAGUCCACAUGUUUCCGCAGAGACUAUCGUUCUAGCCAAAGAAGGCUCUAUAGAUACACUUAGUCCACUUCAAAACACAUCUCGGCAGCAUUUAAGUACACGAAAUGAAAAUUGUCAUGCUAUAGAAGACAACGCACAUGGGAAAAAUAUAUCUUGCCUUGAUUCCAAAUCAUCCAAGGGAGGAAAUAGGAAAAAGCUCAAAAAGAAAGCAACACAGGGAAACGGAGUCGCUUCUGCUAGUAUGAAUUCCAAGGUCAUCUUGAAGGGCCACAAGACUAGCCCUAUGAAGGGACAAACCAAGAAUCUCGCGCGCUCCAAUACGAUGGAAGUGAAUCCUAAAGGAAGGCAUUAA